AUGUUAAUAGAUCCCCAACAAUUGAAUAAGUGCGUGUUAGAGUACAUAGAAAAUGAGCUGCACAGCCAGUCCACCUGUCUGUCUGUAAAACAAAUCCGCUCGAUUAUAAUCUGGUUUGUCUUCAUAUUCACGCAGGGGAAGUUGGAGAGCCUCCGGCCCUUGUGCUACAAAAAUGCUGAUGUCUUCCUCCUCUGCUACAGCGUCGUCCGUCCCUGCUCUUUCCGUAACCUCACUACCAAAUGGCUUCCCGAGAUCCGUCAGCACUGUCCCAGCAUGCCCGUGGUCCUGGUAGGCACCCAGCUGGACCUGAGAGAAGAUGUUCAAGUACUGAUCCACCUGGCACAGAACCAGCAGCAGCCAGUGUCCACAGAGGAGGGCCAGCGGCUUGCCCAGGAGCUCGGGGCAGCGAGUUUUGCAGAGUGCUCAGCACUGACUCAGAAAAACCUGAAGGACACUUUUGAUUCGGCUAUCUUAGCUAGCAUCCAGUACACAGAGAGCAACAACAUCCAGCAGCAGAAGAGGCUAACGCUCAGGAAGAAGACCCCUGAUAAGAUCAAGAGCCUUUCAGAGACCUGGUGGAGGAAAAUCAACUGCCUGAUGGGAGAGCAGAGCUGUGAAUUCAAAUGAACACAGUUUGAUUACAAACCUGAGUGAUGUUGUCUUUUACAGAGCUGAUUACAGAUAAUGCCAGUAGAGUAGGCAUUAUCAACACAAAGAGCAACACAACACGUUCCUGAAAUAAUUCAAAUAGCAGUUAAAAACUCUCAAACUGACAGGAAAAUUCUGCUAGAAAAAUGUUAAUAGAUCCCCAACAAUUGAAUAAGUGCGUGUUAGAGUACAUAGAAAAUGAGCUGCACAGCCAGUGUAAAGAGUCUUUGUCAUUUCUGAGGUGUCUAGAGUAUAAAGACAGAUUUUUAGUAAACUGCAUUAUGUAGUAGAAAUGUACCUGUAGUCUUGAUGCAUGUUCAAUCAUCCAGCUAUGGAAAGAUGUUUUUGUGCUGCGUUGAUUUUUGACAAUUUAUUGAAGUGCAGCACUGCACUGGAGUCCUGUUACUAAACCAUCAACUACAUAAUUGCCAUCAACAAAAGAAGGUGGUUGCAAGGAGAAAUAUUCAGCAGAUCAUUCAGUAUGCAAAAAGUUCCUAAAACACAACGAGGACUCGAAGAUAUUUAAUAAAAUAAUGAAAGUAAUGAACAGUUAAUAUGAAAUGCACUUUGUAAACAAUGAACGAAGGACGCAUGUAAGAAUCAUUUGUACUCUAAAUCAUUUUUCCUGACUUGUGAACUGAGAAACGAGCAGAAUCUGAGGGUAGAUUUGUGAUUGUGGGUUCAUAUUUUAGUCCUGAUUUCGUUAGCCUCACUCAUCUAAAGGGUAAAAAAUAAUUUACAAAUGUAUUUGGUUUGUUUGUCACUUUUACACCCAAACAUUAUAUACUCUUUGUUAGUUGUAGAUUAUUUAUUGUGUGUUUAUAUUUAUUGAGUUGAAUGCCAUUCCUGAUCAUGAAAUAUGCUCAGAAGCCUUGAAUAAAAGUUUAUUACA